GGUUCUGGGCUGUCAUGGAAGGCCUGGUGAUGAGAUGGAGAGCACUGGCCACCCUGGCCAGCUGCAGACUCCAGCUCUCCAGGACUGUCCCCAGCAGACUCCACCACUGUGCCCCAGCAACAGGGAGGCGCUUGCUGCUGUCCCGCAUGUUCCAGCCACAGAACCUGCGGGAAGACCAGGUGCUGUCCCUGGAGGGCAGGACUGGCGAGCUGACAUGUAAGAGCCAGCGGCUGAUGCUUCAGGUGGGCCUCAUCCACCCAGCAAACCCCGGCUGUUACCACCUUCUACCUUACACCGUGCGUGCCAUGGAGAAACUGGUGCGAGUGAUAGACGAGGAGAUGCAGGCCAUUGGGGGACAGAAGGUCAACAUGCCCAGCCUCAGCUCUGCAGAGCUCUGGCGUGCUACCAACCGGUGGGACCUGAUGGGCAAGGAGCUGCUAAGACUUAGGGACAGACACGGUAAGGAAUACUGCUUAGGGCCAACCCACGAGGAGGCCAUCACGGCUCUGGUUGCCUCCCAGAAGACUCUGUCCUACAAGCAGCUUCCUUUCCUGCUGUACCAGGUGACAAGGAAGUUUCGGGAUGAGCCCAGGCCCCGCUUUGGUCUUCUCCGUGGCCGAGAGUUUUACAUGAAGGACAUGUACACUUUCGACUGCUCCGCCGAGGCUGCCCAGCAGACCUACAGCCUGGUGUGCAAUGCCUACUGCAGCCUGUUUAACAGGCUGGGGCUGCCGUUCGUCAAGGUCCAGGCCGACGUGGGCAGCAUCGGAGGCACCAUGUCUCAUGAGUUCCAGCUUCCAGUGCAUGUCGGUGAGGACCGGCUUGCCAUCUGUCCCAGCUGCAGCUUCUCGGCCAACGUGGAGACACUAGACUUGUCACAGAUGAACUGCCCUAUGUGCCAGGGUCCGCUCUCUGAAACCAAAGGCAUUGAGGUGGGGCACACAUUUUACUUGGGCACCAAGUACUCCUCCAUCUUCAAUGCCCAGUUUGCCAAUGCCCACGGCAAACCGUCGCUGGCCGAAAUGGGGUGCUACGGCUUGGGCGUGACGCGGAUCUUGGCCGCUGCCAUUGAAGUACUCUCUACUGAGGACUGCAUCCGCUGGCCUGGGCUCCUAGCCCCUUACCAAGUCUGCCUCAUCCCACCCAAGCAGGGCAGCAAGGAGGAGGGGGCUGCAGAGCUCACGGAGAGCCUGUGUGACCACAUCGUCAAGGCGGUGCCACAGCUUCAGGGUGAGGUCCUACUGGACGACAGGACUCACCUGACCAUUGGGAACAGACUGAAAGAUGCCAACACGCUGGGCUACCCCUUUGUGAUCAUUGCUGGCAAGAGGGCACUGGAGGACCCUUCACAGUUUGAGGUUUGGUGCCAGAACACCAAUGAGGUGGUCUUCCUCACCAGAGAAGGGGUCAUAGAGUUACUGAGUUCGGUGCAGGUCGUCUAAAUGUACCCCACCUCACCCCUGCAGC